CAUCUUGGAUGGUACACACACACAGCUCUGCGUAUUUCGAACAACGAAUACAUUGCUGUUAGCGCUCUAGUAUUCUUAUUAUAUCUCUAUGUUUUCCUGUUCGUUCAUCGAUGAUCACGCAACACAACAGUUACUGUCAACAAAACAGACACGAAAGUUGAUCUGUAAAGCGGUGUGUUUUGUUUGAUAUAAUUAUCGAAGUGGUUAUAGGGCUGGUAGGCCUAGUAACACUUUCAGCUGUUUCAAUUCAAAUUACAAAGGAAGAGAUGAACAGUUUAUCUAGAACACCAAGGGAACGGUCCAUCAUAUGCUUUCCUGCGUGCUAUCUAGAUAUUGCUACACCAUACAAACAGAACGAGUUUAGUAGCAAAGUAAGGACUGCCUGUCUGUCAAAUAAAACUGGAACAGUUGGAUUGAAAGUUUCUAAAGCAAUAGUGAUAGGGGAUGUAGCAGUUGGUAAGACCUGUCUUGUGAAUCGUUUCUGUCACCAAGUGUUUGAUCGUGAUUAUAAAGCAACAAUCGGGGUUGACUUUGAGGUCGAGAGGUUUGACAUUCUUAACGUACCGUUCAAUCUUCAAAUAUGGGACACUGCAGGACAGGAGAGGUUCAAGUGCAUAGCUGCAGCUUAUUACAGGGGUGCCCAUGUUGUUAUUAUAGUAUUUGACAUGUCAGACCCAUACACACUCCAGCAUGCCAAGAAAUGGUACGAUGAGGCUAAGAAUGAAUGCAGACCAGAUGCUCAUAUUUUUUUAGUUGGAACAAAGAAGGAUCUUUGUGCAGACCAUCAAUUACAUGAAUUAGAGGGCUUAGCAACAAAGUUAGCAACUGAUAUUGCAGCGGAAUACUGGGCAGUGUCGUCUUUAACUGGUGAAAAUGUAACAGAUUUUUUUGAAAGGGUGGCUGCAAUGUCUUUUGAUCACUCAGUGUGCAAGGAACUGGACGACAUUGACUCAAGGAUGGUUGGCAAACGGAUAGGAGGGGGAAGCAAUCUUCUUAGUAAUAGUAAAUCAGAAAAAACCAUAACACUCUCAGGUAGUCCAAGUAGUUUAAAAAAAGAAGAAAAACACAAAGGUGACUGUUGCUAGGAAACAAGCAAAUUACUUAUUAUGGGCCAUCUUACAAUAAUAUUCAAAUUCAGACAUUCAAGUGAGGGAGCUGUUUGUUUGCAUACUGUAGGACAAAAGCGAACAAAAAUUUAAAAUUGGAGAAGAAUGUACUGUUAAUAGGUAAAGGAUGGGUGAAGAUGGUUUACAGUUCAUAGCUGCCACUUACCAAUCUAUACAUUGCUUUUUAAAAUGUCUCUACUAAUAGUAUUUCCACGAUAAGUAUUUCCAAUUUAGUUACUAAUUAAAUAUAAAUUAAUUAUCCUUCACUUGCUGAUUAACUGGACAUUCAGUGUUAUGUUUUUUAAUUACUGAACUAAUUAACAAAUUUGAAAUAGAGGCUGAGUGUGUGUUUUUUAUUUAAAUGGUUCUUCUCAGAACCAAAUAACAUCAAUUGAGAUUUGUAGCAUAUGCCAUAUGGUGUAAUGAAUGCAUAUAAUAAUAAUUAUUGCCAUUCGUCAUGCAAAUCUUCUUUUUUUAAAAUUAAAAAUUGCGUACUUGUAUAUUUAGGUAAGCCACUACCUUUGAUUAAAGAAAAUAUUUUCCUCAUCAAAUAACAAAUGCUUAAAUAAUGCCAUUCCUAUAUUUCUUUGUAUUAAAGCCAGGCUCCGGAGGGGAAAGAAUUUGUUUAUAUGGUGCACAAUUGAUUUUUUAAAGAUACUUUUGAUGACAAAACCCAGGAAUGAAUAAAGAGUUAUAGAUUUUUAUUUUUGAUUAUUUAGAUUAUUUAAAAACAGUGGGGAAGGGACUUGACCAGCUUUUAAAUAUCAAAAAAUCUCAUUAUCCAUUUCCAAGUUUUUCGUCAAAACACCAUUUUUGUGUCAAAGGCCGUGUUUCCGCAGCAUUUAUGAUUUCUCUGAUAAUAUUUUAUCCCAUCAUGCAAAAUUAUGGACAACAACGCAAUGUGUUCAACAUGAAAACAUCGGUUUUGUUGACCUAGCAGGUGAUCCUUUUUUUGCGCGAGAUGUGUAGGCCUGUGUGAAGAAUUAAAUCGUUCGGUGAUAUUUCACUCUGGGAAAUGUACUGUUACAAUGAUGUUUCAUUGUACUUGUAUAUAGGGAGUGAGAAGACGAAAAAGAAUGCUAGCUGUGUUUGGUGUGCUGUACGAUAUAAUAAACAAUAGGUAGAGAUAGACUUAGGCCCAGCCAGGCACUGUCGAUGUCAAACGCAGCCGAAUCAGGCUUUUUAAAAUCUUUAAUAAGCACAAUAAAUGUACUUGCUUUUUUGAUGCGGUGUUUGAUACAAGGUGUAGGCCCCUAGGUCUACUAUUAGUUGCAUUAGAUACUAACUACCCAAAAGAAUUCUUUGCAUGACCAUGAUUUGAUAUUGGUCAAAGGUUAUUAUUUUCGCAUUCAAAGCUUUUUCCGAUAAGUUAUCUAAUUCUCAUGCGAAAAUUUAUCAGAAACUUUGGGCAUGGUUUAUGCAGCGAAAAAAAUAACAAAGUGGCUGCUUUCCGAUAAUUCAUUGGGUAAUAAGUGCUGCACGGUAAAAUCAGAAAUCAGUUGUACAAAAUAUCAAAAAAGUGUUUUUCCUCCAGUUAAGAAGAUGUUUGUGAUUUUAAAAGUUUAAAAAAAAUGAUUUAUGUCUAUUUGGUAUGUUAAUAAGAUAUUGGUUUUUUUAAAUGAGCAAUUGCAUUUCAUAUAUAUAAUUUUUUUUUUCUAUUUUAUUGCCAUUUGAAAGUGAAAGUAUUUUCUGUGGAGGUUGUUUCCUUAUUUUUUUUUAAUGAUACAGAGUAUUAAGUAUUAAGGAAGUACAACCAUUUUGUGCUAUACAAUUGUUAAUGCCUAAACUAAAUAAAAUUUGUAAUAUGAGAUCAAACUUAUAAUGAUUCUAUUUUAAAAUUGAAUAGGGCAUCAACUUUAAAAUUGUCCACAUUAAUAUACUAUCAAAUGUAUUUCCUAAAACUCAUCAAUGAAAAUUGAUAUAUUUAUUUAUUUAUUUAUUGUUAUAUGAAAUAUGUUGAUAAUUAUUAAUAUUAUAGUAAUACUGUAUAACUUAUUUAAUUUAAUGUUAUAUAACUAACUAUUUUAAGAUAACUGAAAUAAUUAUUUGUAUCAUGUGGCCUUCCACAGUGCUUGAAUAAUAGAAUUAAUGCAUCUCAGCCUUGAUUAAUCUAUGCAAUACCACUAUUAUAGUAUACUAUAUACUAUGCUAUACCACUAUACCAUAUUAUAUUAUAUUAUGAUAUAUAUACCACUAUGUACACCAUACUUAUACCACCGCAUGAACAAAACAGAAGGAAUGAAUAUAUGUUUAUGAGAUAUUGAUUUUAAAGAGAUAUACAUGUAUUUAAUCAAACUCAAAAACAUAUUUUCUAAGAACAUAUAAUACAUCACCAAGUAUUGAAAUACACGCCAUGGUGUGGGAUCAAUAUUUCAACAUUACAGUAAUUAUGUCAUCAUCCGGAAUCUUUUAUCCAUAAUGCAUUUAAUUUUCGAAAUUACAUAAAAUUGGGAAAUUCUCUUUUGAAGCAUUAUUAAUUAAGAUAUAAAUAGACCCACCCAUGCUUUAAAAUUGAUUAUGUUGUGACUAAAUUGAUUCAUACCCCACCCCUUCCUCCCACCUCAGUUUAAACCAUUGGCAUCUUGGAGUCUUGAAAUGGGUGAUGUUGGGCAGAUCAAUGAAAAUGUAUGGGGCGCUCGCUACCUUUAACUUUUGAUCUUGAUUUUCUGCUUCAAACAUUUUCAAUGGGUGAGUGACCCCUAGGUUGCCGCUGGUUUAAUCCCACCUCUUGUCAAUUUUGCAAUCACACCAUUCUUAUAAUUCUUUGAAAAUAAGUAAUUAUGAUAAUGAUAAUAUUCAAUAACAAAUAAUACUUUGUAAUAAAUUGAAAUUGUGAUCUUCCAAAGUGCAACACCAUAAUAAACAUUGACAAAUAUCAUAAGUGGAAAAUAGAUUUUUAGAUUAGAAUAAUGAGCCCACCAAUAUUAAGAAUAUACAUUGAGUAUCAAUUAUUAAAUAAUAAGCCCACCAAUAUGAAGAAUGUACAUUGAUUAACAGUGACUAUUAAUUUAGGAUGUACAAAUCACUCAAAACCUAGAUCUAAUUUUAGAUAUUUGUUGGAGAGAUCAAGUGUACUUUUUUCAUAUAAAACAAUUUUUUAAUGUUUGCAAUGAAAUAUUUAUGUUAGUUUUUAUAUUAUAUAGACAAUAAUAGCAUUAAAUCUAAUUUUUAUUUGCUAUAAUGCUAACAGUUCUCAAGCACUAAACUAAUUAAAAUGCAAUCUGUAAAAUUUAUUUUCGGAAAUGUAUUGUUUUUGUCUAGUGAUGUCAUCAUAUAUAUUGUAUAUUAAUUGUAUAAUGUCUUUCGGUCAUUGUUGGUGUUUUCAUGCCAAUAUUGGCCAUUUAACUUUUGCUAUUUAAACUUCAAUUGAUAUUUUUUACUUGUAAUUUUAAGUAGAUUUUAUUAAGUGCAAAUUAUCUGAUGAUACAAAUUACUUUGUAUUACAAAUUGUUAUUAACUUGUUGACAAUUACAUAGGGGGAGAAACAUUUUAUUGUGAAGUAUAUUUUAUGUAAAAUGUGAAUUUCAGGAUGAAAAAUAUGUGAGGCAAUUCAUUUAUGUAUUUUCAUUUGUUGUCAUUUAUUUUACCCUCUUGGGUUAUGUGUUUUGAAUAUUAAUGGAACAAUCAGCUGUUAUGUUCUGGCUUCGAAAAUUAAUAAACCAAUUGGUUGUCAGGUUAUAGGUGUUUUCGAACAUUAACAGACCAAUCAGCUGUAACGUUAGCAUUUUUAACUUUAAUAGACCAAUCAGAAACUCAAUGAAGAACUUAGGUCAGUAUUUUAGACAGAUUAUAUCUGACAGACACUUCAAUUGCUAUCGGUCACUUUGAAAGUGUCUGAUCUGAUAUAUAGUUCCACACCAUUCCAAACCAUUCCCUACCCCAUACCCCCUUCCCAAUACACACCAUUUUUUUAUGGUACACUUGCCAACAAGCUUAUAUAUCAAGUUGUCCUGGUAUUGAUGCAGUUGAUGUUAUGCUUUUGCCUGUAUUGUGUGCUACCUGGGUGUUUUUCUUAUCAUUUAUUAUCAAUAUUUGUAUGUUAUCUCAAUGUAGUUUAUGCAAACGACUUGAUCAAUUUUUGUUAUCAUAGUAUUCUGUAACAUUGGCCACAUUUACAUUUAUAUUAUUUAUUAAACUAUUUUGUUGUUUGUCCUGUUAUUGGUUACGUUCAGUUUAGAUUUUUUUGAUGACAACAUUUUUAACAUAUUUUGCAACAUACUAUAGUUUUGUUUUUUUUAUGAAUUAUUAGUCAUUAUUAUUAUUACCAAUUGCUUUAAAUGAAGUGUUAAAAUGCAGACAUUGUAAAUAAAUUAAAAAAAAAACAUAUAAUAAUCAUCUAAUGAAGCAAAGACCAAAAAUGUAGUAAAACCAACUCUGCUUAGUUUUGUGCAGCCUUACUAUGCAGUUCAAAUGUAUAUAUUAUUACUAUUGUAAUAACUUAUUAUUAUUAUUAUUAUUAUUAUUAUUAUUAUUAUUGGUGUUGUUAUUAUGUUUUGUUUUGUAGGGCCAAUGUACUGUAUUACCGAUUAUAUUUCUCUUUUUAAGUUAAGCCUAACUAAUCAUCAACAGACUAAAGUAUGUGUUUCCUAUGUUUUGUGUAUACAUGUUUUUCCGUUUAUAAGAUGUCAUUGUGUAUAUUAUAAAACCAGGAAAGCCCAAAAUCUACGCAGAAAAUUUUGAAAUAAAAAUAUAUUUUGCAUGUGAAA